CAACCCAGAAACCCCGAUUCCUCAGCGGCACAGACUGUACUUUAACUACAAGGUUGUGAUGGCAGGUCUGCCCCCACAUGCUGCUGCGUGGGCCGGGUUUGCGAGAUCCUAUCUUCACUCCAUGUGCAACCUAGUCAGGGGGCCCAGUUUCCACAUGGCCAGCCCCUGCCUCGCUUCCCGCCUAGUUCACAUGGAGUGUGGUUGGGUCCGGUAGCUGUAGCAUAUAGGGGCCUUCAGCCCAUGUGAUGCGAUGCCAAGCUAAGGUCUGCCCCUUCCGCCAGUCUUUGGAAGCUGGCCAGGUGGCAAGAGAAAAUGCUUCCCCUCUGUGCCGUUCCCCAGACUGUAGGGGGUUACAGCUCUACUGUCCUAGGCCUAACCAACUCCCAGGCCUGCACAGCGGAGAUACAGACUUAACUCCACUCAGCUGGUGGCCCCAAGACUUCCCUGCGUUGAAGAAUGACACGUUCCUUCGAGCGGCGAGAGGGGAGGAGACGGAGUACACUCCGGUCUGGUGCAUGAGGCAGGCCGGCCGCUACCUCCCAGAGUUCCGGGAGACUCGAGCUGCCCAGGACUUCUUCGCCACCUGCCGAAGCCCGAAGAUGUGCUGCGAACUGACCCUGCAGCCGCUAAGGCGAUUUCCCCUGGAUGCUGCCAUCAUCUUCUCCGACAUCUUGGUGGUGCCCCAGGCGCUGGGCAUGGAGGUGGUGAUGGUGCCCGGCAAAGGCCCCACUUUCCCGGAGCCCCUCAAGGAGGUGGAGGACCUGCUGAAGCUGCGGCAGAAGGUGGACGUGUCGGAGGAGCUGGGCUACGUCUUCCAGGCCAUCACGCUGACCCGGCACAGCCUGGAGGGCAGAGUGCCCCUGAUCGGCUUCUCCGGGGCGCCGUGGACCCUCAUGUCCUACAUGAUCGAAGGCGGCGGCUCCAAUACCAUGGCCAAGGCCAAGCGCUGGCUGUACCGGCACCCUGAGGCCAGCCACCGCCUGCUGCAGCUGCUGCGGGACGUCAUCGUGGAGUACCUGGUGGGCCAGGUGGCAGCCGGGGCUCAGGCUCUCCAGCUGUUUGAGUCCCACGCCGGGCACCUGGGCCCCGAGCAGUUCCGGGAGUUUGCCCUGCCCCACCUCCGGGACAUUGCCAAGCACGUGAAGAAGAAGCUGCAGGCGGAAGCGCUGCCCCUGGUGCCGAUGAUCGUCUUCGCCAAGGACGCGCACUACGCGCUGGAGGAGCUGGCGCAGGCUGGCUACGAGGUGAUCGGCCUGGAUUGGACCAUCCAGCCCCAGGCAGCUCGAGAGCGGACGGGCCAUCGCGUUACCCUCCAAGGGAACCUGGAUCCCUGCGCCCUGUAUGCACCCAAGGAGAAGAUCGGGGAGCUGGUGAAGAGGAUGCUCGAGGGGUUCGGCACCCAGCGCUACAUCGCCAACCUGGGCCACGGGCUGUACCCUGACAUGAGCCCUGAGCACGUGGGUGCUUUCGUGGAAGCUGUGCACACGCACUCCCGCCACCUCCGGACGCCCGCCUGAGCCGCCCGGGACCCGCCGGCGAGAGGACUGCGCGGUGCCGGCCCAGGGAGCGGCAGAGCAGGGGCACGGGCCGGCGGCUCUGCUGUCUGGGCACGGGGGGCUCGGCCUGCCUGGCCUGAGCACCGAAUUAAAGCUCCUUGUGUCCCAGCGCAGAGUCUGAUGUG